UUCUUUCUCUCAAUCUAUUUUCCUCUCUCCCUCUCUCUAGACGCUCCGAUUAUUUUCUCGACAAAAAAAUUAAAAAUCCAUAAUUUUCUUCCUUUUUUCACCCGAAUAUUUUGAUUUUACUGUUUUACGGCAGUUAAAAACAUUUUUCUUGUGUUGGGUGCUGACGUGGCAUGCAUUCAAUAGAGAAGCACAAUGAACACCAAAACGAUGCGUUUACCCCCACGUCGCGUUCUAACGACGGAAAAGCGCAAAGAAAGAGACGGCGUUAUCUCCUCCGUCGUGAAGCCGCCGGAAUCCACCGUGACGAAGUUUCCUCCACCGCCGAAUCUUGCUCCUCCGGCGAUUAAUUCCAUUUCCAAGAAAGCUCUAAUCGCAGCCGAGCCGGUCGGCUCGAACCAGCUAAUGUUAGCCGGUUACUUGAGUCACGAGUUUCUCACCAGCGGCACACUCUUCGGGGAGCAAUGGAAUCCGGCUCGAGCCCAAGCCUGUCCACCCGAGCCAAAGAAGGUGAAGCCGAACCAUGCAGUUGAGCCGGUUGAGGAAAGUGAGCCGAAACGGAAGCGGUACAUGGAAGUCGCAAAUCUCCUCAGGUCAGAUGGGACCCACAUGCCCGGCAUCGUCAAUCCUGCCCAGCUUGCCCGAUUCCUCAAACUGUGAUCGGCGUAAUCCGGCGUACACGUGGAGGCAGAUCAUUGGUCCGUCGCCCAGCAAGCAAGACAGCCCUAAAACCAGAAUCCGCCGCUCCUCUCUCUCUCUCUCUUAUCAUUUCUUUUUUGUUUUCAAAUCUUCUCGUAUGUAAAGCGCUGACUCUCUCUCUCUCUCUUUCAUCGUCUUCUUCCUCGAAAUCGAUCGAGAAAGUCUAGAGUUUGUUGUGAGGUAGAUUGUUCAUGUUCUUGUACAUCAAAAAAAAAUAUAUCAAUUAGCCAAUCCA